CUUAACAUUAAGAGAUGAAGUUGAAGCUAGGGAGUUGGAUUGGACUAAAAGAGUGAAUGUGAUCAAAAGCAUUGCCCAUGCCUUAUCCUACAUGCAUCAUGACUGUACUCCACCAAUCAUUCACAGGGAUGUAUCAAGCAAUAAUAUCCUCUUGAAUUCAGAACUUGAAGCUUUUGUAUCGGAUUUUGGCACUGCUAGACUACUAGAUCCCGAUUCAUCCAAUCAAACGCUUCGUGUAGGCACUUAUGGCUAUAUUGCACCAGAGCUUGCCUAUACCAUGAAAGUAACUGAGAAAUCCGAUGUUUAUAGUUUUGGGGUGGUGGCACUAGAGACAAUGAUAGGAAAACAUCCAAGCGAUCUGCUCACCUCAUUGUCAUCCUCAUCAAGCCAAGAUAUAAUGUUAAGAGAUGUAUUGGAUCCACGUCUCAUAUUGCCUGAAGAUCCAAGGGUUGCUAAAGAUGUAGUUUUUGUGACAUUUUUGGCACUCAAAUGCAUCCAUUCAAAGCCGCAAUGUUGUCCAACAAUGCAACAAUUAUCCUACAAUCUCCUUAUUGAUGUACCAUUUCCUAUGUUACCAUUUUACGCAAUUUCACUAAACCAGUUGAAGAAUCAUGUAAUUUAAUUGAAUAUUAAUAGUAAUAUAUAUUAAGAGAUUUAUUAUGCAUAGAACUAAAUAUGAAUCAAUGACCCAUGAGCUUUAUAUCUUUCUUCUGAAUGCUAUAAUGUCAGAUGAUUAAUAAAAAUAUUGCA